AUGAGUUAUCUCAGCUGCAUCAGUCAGUGCUCUCAGCCCCCUAGUGGGAUGCUAGAGGAAAUCAACGGAGUCCUGCUGGUGAAUAUAAAAAGGGCCAUCGCAGGCACUUUUCUACCCAGUUCUGUAGCCUCCAGUUCUGCUCUAAGAGAGCAGUUCCUGCAUCUUUGGAUUCCCACAUACUGCAUUUUUAUGACUUGUUCCUGGAAUUUCCUCCUCACCGCAGAAUGGCAUAUUGAUACCUGUGCUCUUUAUCUCACAGGUUUUUCCUUUGUAAAGAUGAAUGAAGCACCCAUAACUUUCCCUGCACUAAAGAAGAACUUUGAGGCAAAUCACACAAGAAAAAAAGAUAUUAGAAAUGAAUGUAGUUCAAAAGUAUUGCCAGUCACCAAGAAGGAGAUAAAACACCACAAACAUUAUAAAAAGCACAAAACCACAGCAGGAGAUAUCACCAGCAAAGCGGAUUCCUCACAUCUGCCCUGGCAGCUCAUUUCUAGUGUACUUGGUGUCCAGUUCCUUCUCCUGAUGGCAGGAACCAUCAUAGCGGCUGUUUUUACUGCAAGCUCAUCUCCCAAAGCAACAUUUCCUACAAUUCAGCAAGAAGGGAUGGUGCAUCUCUGUCUUGGUCCUGGCCAUCAGCCGUGUCCCAAGGACUGGGUCUGGUUCAGGUGCAGCUGUUAUUACUUCUCUACGGAGAAGCUAGCUUGGAACAACAGUCUGCGUGCCUGCUCGUCUCUCAACGCCAGCCUCGUGAAAAUAAACAGAGAGGAGACAAAUUUCUUCUCCUUGAAGUCUUUCUUCUGGACUGGAAUUUACUAUAAGAAAAUUGAAAAUCAAUGGUAUUGGGAAAAUAACUCAGUUCUACCCCAGGAUACAUAA